CGCCAGUGGCUGAAGCCAGGGCGACACACCAAGACUCAGAUGCUGGACCUGGUGAUCCUGGAGCAGUUCCUGACUGUCCUUCCCCCGGAGAUGGAGACCUGGGUGAGAGAAUGUGGUCUGAAGACCAGUUCCCAGGCGGUGGCCCUGGUAGAAGGUCUCCUCCUGAGCCAGGCAGUGGACAAGAAGCAGGAAGAGCAGCAGAAUCCGGCCAAAGAGGAAAGCGAUCCUCCAGCCAUGUUGCAGCCUGCCUUGGAGCACAAAGUGAAGACGGAAGGACAAGGCCUCCCUGGUUCUGAGUUAGGAAAAUCCCCUCGUACCAUUCAGGUUGGGAGCAGUGGGGAAUUCUGGGGCAAAACCAUGCAGAACUUCCAGGAUACCCUCAAUCCAGAUGCACAGGUCCAGCGCUUCAGGCACUUUGGCUACCAGGAAGCCGAAGAGCUCCGAGAAGUUUGCAGCCAUCUCCACGAUCUCUGCCAUCAGUGGCUGAAGCCAGAGCAAUGCACAAAACUCCAGAUCCUGGACCUGGUUGUCCUGGAGAAAUUCCUGACUGUCCUGCCCCCAGAGAUGGAGAGCUGGGUGAGGGAAUGUGGAGCAGAGACCAGUUCCCAGGCGGUGGCCCUGGCAGAAGGCUUCCUGCUGAGCCAGGCUGAGGACAAGAAGCAGGACCUGUUUGCCAAAAGGGCCACUGAUAUCCCCAAGGCACAGAAGGCUCCACCAGGACCCAAUCAGAGGCCGCUGCUGGGGUGGAUCUUGCAGGAGGGCGACAGACGGGCAACUUCACUGGGAAAUGGAGAAAGGAUGAGGAAAAUACGUGCCAGCUCAUCUCUUCAUUGCGAUCUGCUUGGAACAGCUUCUGGGAGACUGGAUCAGGUGACCUUUGAGGAGGUGGCUGUCCAUUUUGACCAAGGGGAGUGGGCUCUGCUGGAUCCGGACCAAAGAGCCCUGCACAGAGAAGUCACUAAAGAGAUUUGUGACAUCAUGGCCUCUCUGAGAGGCAAUGGGUGUGUCAGCGAGAAUGAAGGAGAAGCACGCAAGGCGUCAUUGCCAACAGCGAGAACUGAAGCACAAAACCAUAGAAGGAAUGAAGCCCCUGCUUCUCAGGACGGUGAUAGCUGCGAAAUCUCAGUCCAAGAAAUAAUACACAAUGGAAGGGAGAGAUGUAAUUGCCUUCAGUUUGGGAAUGGCUUAAGUUGUAAAUCAAGUCUUACUCUUAAUAGAGGAAUUCCCACAGGGCACAAAUCUUUCAAAUGCUGUGAGUGUGGAAAGACCUUCAUUCUGAAGAAAUACCUGACUUCCCAUCAAAGAAUUCACACAGGGGAGAAACCAUUUAAAUGCUUGGAGUGCGGAAGGAGCUUCAGUCAGAGAGGAAAUCUUAUGUCACACCACAGAAUUCACACGGAAUCAUUUAAAUGCUUGGAGUGUGGGAAGAGCUUCCAUCAGAGCUCACAACUUAUUGCACACCAAAAAAAUCACAGAAGGAAAAAACCAUUUAAAUGCUUGGAAUGUGGAAAGAGCUUCCGUUGGAACUCAUACCUUAUUUCACAUCAAAGAACUCACACAGGAGAGAAACCAUUUAAAUGCUUAGAGUGCGGAAAGAGCUUCCAUCAGAGUUCGCACCUUACUGCACACCAAAUAAUUCACACUGGGGAGAAACCGUUUAAAUGCUCAGAGUGUGGAAAGCGCUUCCAUUGGAGUGGAAGCCUAAUGAGACACCAAAAAAAUCACACGAGGGAGAAACCAUUUAAAUGUUUGGAAUGCGGAAAGAGCUUUAGUCAAAGUUCACAACUAAUGACACACCAAAAAUAUCACACAGGAGACAAACCAUUUAAGUGUUCAGAGUGUGGAAAGAGCUUCAGUCAGAAUUCACACCUAAUUGCACACCAAAGAAUUCACACCACGGAGAAACCAUUUAAAUGCUUGGAGUGUGGAAAGAGCUUCCGUCAGAGCUGGCACCUUACUGCACAUCAAAGAUUUCACACAAGGGAGAAACCGUUUAAAUGUUUGGAGUGUGGGAAGAGCUUCAAAUGGAGUGGAAGCCUAAUGAGACACCAAAAAAAUUGCACGAGAGAGAAACUAUUUAAAUGCUUGGAAUGUGGUAAGAACUUUUGUCAAAGGUCACGACUAAUGACACACCAGAAAAAUCACACAGGAGACAAACUCUUUCAAUGCUCAGAAUGUGGAAAGAGCUUCAGUCAGAACUCAAACCUUAUUGCACACCAACGAAUUCACACCGGGGAGAAACCAUUUAAAUGCUCGGAGUGUGGAAAGAACUUUAAACAGAGUUCCCACCUAAUGACACACCAAAGAAUUCACACAGGGGAGAAGCCAUUUAAAUGCUUGGAGUGCGGAAAGAGCUUUCGUCAGAGCUGGUACCUUACUGCACACCAAAGAAUUCACACAGGGGAGAAAAUGUUUAAAUGCUCUAAAUGUGGAAAGAGCUUCAAUUGGAGUGGAAGCCUAAUGAGACACCAAAAGAAUCACAUGAGAGAGAAACCAUUUAAAUGCUUGGAAUGUGGAAAGAACUUUAGUCAAAGUUCACAACUAAUAACACACCAAAAAUAUCACUCAGGGGAUAACCCAUUUAAAUGCUCAGACUGUGGAAAGUGCUUUAGUCAGAACUCAAACCUUAUUGCACACCAAAGAAUUCACACAGGGGAGAAACCAUUUAAAUGCUUAGAGUGUGGAAAGAGCUUCCGUCAGAGCUGGCACUGUAGUACACACCAAAGAAUUCACACAGGGGAAAAACCUUUUAAAUGCUUGGAGUGUGGAAAGAGCUUCCGUCAGAGCUGGCACCUUACUGCACACCAAAGAAUUCACACAGGGGAGAAAAUGUUUAAAUGCUCUGAAUGUGGAAAGAGCUUCCAUUGGAGUAGAAGCCUAAUGAGACACCAAAAGAAUCACAUGAGGGAGAAACCAUUUAAAUGUUUGGAAUGCGGAAAGAGCUUUAGUCAAAGUUCACAACUAAUGACACACCAAAAAUAUCACACAGGAGACAAACCAUUUAAAUGCUCAGAGUGUGGAAAGAGCUUCAGUCAUAAUUCAAACCUAAUUGCACACCAAAGAAUUCACACCGGGGAGAAACCAUUUAAAUGCUUGGAGUGUGGAAAGAGCUUCCGUCAGAGCUGGCACCUUACUGCACACCAAAGAAUUCACACAGGGGAGAAACCGUUUAAAUGCUUGAAGUGUGGAAAGUGCUUCAGUCAGAGCUCGUCCCUUGUGGCGCACCAAAGAAUUCACAUGAAGGAGAACUCAUUUAAAUGUUCAGAGUGUGGAAAGAUCUAUACAAGGAGAACUUUCCUUAUUUCACAUCAAAAGAAAUGUCAUACAACGGGCAGUGGUAGCGUCACCAGACAGGAAUGGCGGCUUAGGGCUAUUGCUCCACGGCCUGCAAUAACUUUAAAAACACAGAACAUUUGUCAAAAUCCUGGGACUCAUCAGUUAAUGCAAACCCCUUGGACGUGUAACAGGAAACUACUGGCAUACAGGAGAGAGACUGAAAAUAGUAUUUUGGUGCCAGAAGCCACUCUGACAACAGCCCAAGUGUGGUAUCUGAACAAGUUCAUCACAGCAGAAGCACUUCAAAUUACCACCACCACUUAUAAGCACUGACAACUUUGGGCCUGUCCAGACAACACAAUAAGCCAUGGUUAGGCCGCUAACCCUUUGGCAGUAACUGGUUAGGGAGCAUGCUUAAACCAUGGUUAUAUAGCCACCAUCAUUAGGAAUGGUUCACACAACACGCCAAGCCUUCAUGUUUAGUUCAGAAUGCUUAACCAUCAUGGCUUAACAUGUUAUCUGAACAGUGUUACUAUACACAUCUGUCAGAAGUAAAGGCUAUGGCAAUCUGGGAUAUGGUAAUGAAGCUCAAAUACAGGGAUUAGAGGGCAGACUAUAAAUUGAGAGAUUUCUAUUCAAGUAAUAAUCUGCUUGUCAGACAGUUUAGAAGAGGCAAAGUCCCAAGAGAUACCACCUUCAUGGGAUAGAAUCCAUCAGAUCAGGCAUUUUAUUAACCAUGAGGUUACACAUCAGGCUACUUGGAACUUUACCCGUUUGAACAAGGAAUGCAUUGUUUUCAGGCGUACACGAAAUAAUAAUAUCCUUAAUAAUGCUACACCUUAGCUGUCUACAGUUUUACAGCCAUUUGAUGAAAUGAUCUCAAAUGAAGUAUGACAGAUAUGGAAUGAACCUGUAUUUGUCAGAAAAAGCUAUGAGUUCAGUGUUGGCCAAAUUUCAGAGAAGUCUUCUUAAGGCUUAUUCACAGGUGGUAUUUGGCCCCUAUUCAACUCACCUGCAUCACAGGUGCAUCCUCUGAGACAUGGAAAGGGUGUAGGAAGGUAUGUACCUACUGCCACUGUCUGGUAGUAUUCUGUACAUGCUUCCAAACUGAAUCGGGUUUGAUUCCAAAACAAACGUUCAUUUUGAGCUCCAAACUUGCUUUGCUGAACAUUUUUGUGGCCAUGAAUAAGGACAAUCUCUAUAAAGUCUUGAUCACCUCCUUGUUAUUUGCUGACUUGAAAUAGUCAAAAGAUGGAAAGAAACCACACGUAUCCCAAAGGAAUCCAUGUUCAUAAGACAGCAUUUGCAAAAAGGUUAUCCAAGAAGAUAAUUACCGUAUUCAAAUAAAGUUAUCCAGAGGACAAUUACACAUGGCGGUAUUUCGGCCCGUUUCAUGUAACUUUAUUCUGUAUGCGAGAAAUGACAGUGACACAGACCAAUUCCACCUUCCCACAGGAGUAUAUUGCAAAAUCAAUUUGGAUGAUGUUCACAAAUAACAUGUAUAGUUGUAAGAGAACCUCUUCACAUGGUUUCUUGCUUUUAAGUUGUAUAUUAUGUUGUCUUAAUAAAACAAAACAUUCACACGUUAAAAUUGAUGUGAAUGUUUAGAGCAGAGUUGGUCAACUUUGGAAGGUCUUUGGGCUAUUUUUACUCCCCCAGACACCCCCCAUGUGGGCUGCUUCUCAAGCCAUUUUUUUUUAAAUAAAAUGGUGUCCAGAAUGGUACGGAUACCAAAAGGGUCAAAUUAGGUCCACACUGGGGAGUGGUAACUAAGGAAACUUAAUAGACAUUUAAGGAUACAGUUUGGGGUUAAGCAUAAAUUAAGGAUGAGCAUGUUUGAGCAGUCUGGGGGUCAUUUUAGCCCCCCAAGCACUGCACACACCCCUACUGCGGGCGCUGAAAGAGAAAAUGGAGAUGAAAUAGCUGAAACGGAGCACCAAAAGGGGUCAAAAUUGCCUCUCUCUUUUUUUUGCAAGGCUCCCUUUCUUAGAACAUGGAGAUAAACACUUUUCUUUACAGGGAGAGGUGUGAGGCUCAGAGCUGCUGAGGGAUUCAAUCUUUACUUCUGAGUAGAGAUGCAAAGACUCGUCCCACUUAGUUCUGAGUAAGUUUAUAAAGGGUAAGGAGCCAUUCUUGGCCCUGCCCACUCUGCUUUUGGCCACACCCACAGAUGCUGUGCUCCACCGCACCCCCAGACCUUUAGCAGACGGGCCUGAAAAGUUCAUCACCUGUGAUCUAAGGGAUCAGGUCUAUAGCUUGGUGGUUCUUUUGCAUUCGUCACUGUCUCUCAGGGGCUGGUAAUUUCUGUAGUGAGGAGUGCCGCUAAUCAGCUCCUCUCUUCAGUCAUCCAUGCCCAGGUAACUUUUCAUUUGUACAAUUGAAAGACCGUUCGGAAAGUUCAGCUGACGCAGAAUAUGGCGGCAAGAGGUUUGUGCGUUGUGAACAUAUUGCACUGGUCAUUUCUUGCCUUCGCUCAUUUCCGAUUCGUUUCUGAGACCAAUUCAAAGAGCUGGAUUUCCCCUAUAAAGCACUACAUGGCUUGGAACCUCUGUACCCGAGGAAACAUGUUCGAAAGUCCAAGAAGACCCAAAGGUUUUUGCCUGGUGCCCUCUCCAUCUGAAAUGUGGCAGGGCCUUUUCCUUGGUGGGCACCACCUGAUUGUGAACAGUGUCCCUAGAAAAUGCUUGCUUUUUAAUCAC